GCAUCAUGGUAUUUGAUGUCCAAAGGAAAGUCACGUACAAGAACCUGAGCACCUGGUAUGCGGAGCUUCGGAAGUCCAGGCCAGAGAUCCCGUGCAUCGUGGUGGCCAAUAAAAUCGAUGCAGACAUAAAGAUGACCCAAAAAAGCUUCAAUUUUGUUCGGAAGUUCUCCCUGCCCCUGUACUUUGUCUCAGCUGCUGAUGGCACCAAUGUCGUGAAGCUCUUUAAUAAUGCCAUCCGGUUAGCUGUGUCUUAUAAGCAGAACUCACAGGACUUCAUGGACGAGGUCCUGCAAGAGCUAGAGAAUUUUGACUUGGAGCAGGAGGAGGAAGAUGGACCCCAGCAGGAGCAGCCAGGUCCCACGAGAGCUCAUAUUCUUCCUGAGUCAGAACAUGUGGCCCCUCCAGAAGACCUACAGCCCUGAGUCAAAAUGUUCCAGACCCACCAUCCCAGCCACGCCAACUGAGUCCUGCAGACCACCAUCCAGUCACCCUGACUGCAUUCUGCAGACCUAACAUCCCAUUACACCACACACCUGAGCCUGCAUGAUGGCCGUGCUCUUGGGAACAGGAUGGCCAGCACCUGCAACCCCUCUAUUUUUGGAUUUACUGGGUUCCAUGUUAUUCAGAAUCUGUUACUCUUCGGUCAGAAACACCUUUAAAUGAAAGCAUCCUUUGGAUUGGUGACUACACCAGGGUGUAGUAUGGCACUUGCUAAUAAAGAUUCUGGGUCUCAGGGA